AUGGAGGCGUUGCUCCAAGAAAUGGACGAAGACCAGCUUCGCUCCUUCGCAAGAACAGUCGAGGAUGAUCCCGGCUCGCAGAACCUCCUCUUCGCCAUCCACCGUGCAAUAUUUCUUCACACAAGCACGAACUACGACCUUGACCGGGCCCUCGAGGCGGCAGAGCAAGUGUUGUUGGCCACCACGCCUGACGAAGAUAGGGGAACUCGAGCGCAGAUAUUCGAAGACGCGAGUCAUCUACAAACCACUAAGUUUAAGCGGACAUCUGCAACUGCAAAAGAGGAUUUUGCAAAGACGUAUCUUGACAGGGCAAUAUCCUGGGCGCAGGAGGCACUCAAUCUCACUCCCCAGAACGAAAACGUCCAGCUGAGGCGCCGGAUGGAACAUCUGCGGGACUUGCUCGACAAGCAAGAACACUAUGCCGAGCCCAGUAACGGUGCUGGUGAAGAUAGCAUCUGGAACCAUCUUGACAAGAUCAUAUUGAUGGAUCCAGACGCACACGAGAGCCAAGAGGACAUGAUUUCGCACGCGCGGCAGGCCCUUGCAACCAUACCACUCGGGGAUCCCGGAAGACUGCUUCAAUCUAGCUCGCUACGGAACCUGCUCGCGCGGAAAUGCAGAGCGACGAAUGCGAAGGUGGACGUGGACCAAGCCAUCGUCGCUGCCGAGACCGCAACCAGAGUCGCGGAGGAGAUGCUGGCGCACCUGACCAAGGCGUGGUUCUCGCUCGGCGUUCUGGUUGCGAGACGAUGCAAACUGGAUGAUUAUGUGCACGUUGGCGAUCUCGAUUAUGCCAUCCGGUGCUUUGACAAUACCAUAGAUGGGCUGAAGGAGCGCGAAUACCGUGGCGAAUGUCUGGAGACGUUGUCUGAGCUGCUGUUUCACAGGUACGAGCAUACCAGCAAUGUGGAGGAUGCGAAAAGGUGCGUGGCCACGGCGGAGCGUGUGCUCGAAUUUGUCGCGGCCGGCGUCGCAGGUCGUGACCUGGCUCUUGUGAAACUAGCUGUCAGACUGGAGCGUCUGUUUCACGCAACGAGAGAUGUAAAACUGCUGGAUCGGGCAAUGUUGUUGGUGGACGAAGCGCUGGGCCUUCUGCCCAAAGACUCGCCAGAACAGAUUCGUUAUAGAGCUGAAUACACGUCUCUCCUGCUCCGGAAGUACGAGAUAUCCAUGGAUAUCAAGUAUCUCAAUCAAGGUAUUGAGGACUGUGACAGACUGUGGGACAUUGCCGAAAAAGAAGAGGCGGAAUACACCAAGUACUGGGCAAUCGUCGGCCAACUAUUGCGGCACAGAUACGACCGCAUUGAGCUCAAGCAAGACAUCGAACGCGCAGUCUAUGCCACGAAAAAGGCCCUGAAAUCUCUGACUCCCAGCCACCCUGAAUACCCGGCUGUCCUAGGAAAUCUGGCCACGAUACUGGCGAGCAAGUUCGACUGCGACCGCGUUAAAGACGACAUCGAUUCUGCCAUCGAUCUCGCCAAGGAGAGUGUAAAGAUGACCCCAGAUGGCAACGCGUGGAAACCCCUGCAAAUCAGCCGGCUUUCAAGGCUCCUAGCCAUACGGAACGACGACGGCGACAUAGACCAAUGUGUCCUUUUCGCAGAGCAGGCCGCCAGGGCCAGCGUGCCGGGACGCAUAGACUACCUGGAGAUCCGCGGCUACUUCGCUCUCUCUCUCUAUCUACGGUCCCGGUCAUCAGUAUCUCCCGCCGAAGACCUUGGCCGAGCCAUUGAAGAAAUGAAGACUCUUGUUGCCGAUACGCCAGCAGACGAGGUACCAAUUACGGCUCACCUCCUCGGCGCUCUGAGCAGCAUGCUCAUCUGGCGGUUUGAGAUCACAGAGUCGCCCGCGGAUCUAGACGAUGGCGCCGACACGCUGCGUAUGUGUUUGAAAAACCCGAGCUCUAGAGCCUCGACACAGAUUUGGGAAGCUCGAAGAGCUGCGGAUCUGCUCUUAUUCCGCUCCAGGCUGACCGAGGCCAAUCUCAUUCUCCGGAGCACCGUCAAGCUCCUUCGCAAGCUCAGCCCUCGCUCUCUGCAGCAAAAGGACCAGCAGAAAAUGGUGAAGAAGUUUGCUGGCCUCGCCGCGCUCGCAACAUCGGUUGCGCUCGAGACUGGCGCCGGAGCUGGGGAGGCGCUAGUUCUGCUGGAGGAGGGGCGUGGGUUUAUCCUUGGGCUGUUGUUUGAGGUCCGCUCUGACAUUGCAGAUCUAAGACAGAAGCACCCUGACCUGGCCGCCGAAUUCGAGCAGAUGAGGGACUCGUUGGACUCGACCGCAGCAUACGGGGACCUGGAGUCCAUGGCAACUCAGCUAUCGCUCGAUCUUACGCAACGCGGAAAGAUUGCCAAGGACUUUGAUGAUGUUGUUGACCGAAUACGGCGGGUUGAGGGCUUUGAGAACUUUCUGCUUGCCCCCUCGGUAGCGGAACUGAAGAGUGCGGCAUCAACAGGACCUGUUGUGGUAGUCAACACCAGUCGCCUGCGCAGCGAUGCAUUUAUCAUUACGCCUGACCGCAUCGACCUGCUGCCCCUCCCUGAGCUUUGCCUCGAGGAUAUUAGAGACCGGGCCGUGCUCCUGAAGUCGGGAAAUAUCACCGAGCCCCAAAUGUUUCAGCUCCUGGGCUGGCUCUGGGAUACCCUAGGACGACCCAUUCUUGACCGGCUGGAGGGCGUCAAGAGCUUGGAAACGACAUCUUCGGAAAAACCUCGCGUCUGGUGGAUCCCUACUGGCCCGCUGUGCUCCUUGCCGAUCCACGCUGCAGGGAACUACACCAGCGGCGAUAUGGUGUCCAAAACCUUGAUGGACAGGGUCAUGUCUUCGUACGGCCUGUCCGUCAAAGCCAUGUUGUUCACGAAGCAUAACAUGCUCCACUGGGACCGACCUGGUGCCUCGGAAACAUCUCUGCUAGUCAGCAUGGGCACUACUCCCGGGUGUAGUAGUCUUCCACAUGCGCAGGUAGAGGUCGACGCUAUCCGCAACGUCUUCAUGUCUAACACGAGCUUCGUGCCAGACGUCCUAUCGCAACCCAACAAGUCCGAGCUAUUAGCUGCGCUAAAGGGCGCUGCUAUCCUCCAUUUCGCCGGGCAUGGCGCCUUGGACCCGGUAGAUCCAUUGAAGAGUGCACUGCUCUUGAGUGACUGGCAGGUCGAUCCGCUCACGGUCAAGGACCUGAUCGCGCUGAAGCUGCACCAGACAAUUCCUCUCUUGGCAUACCUCUCCGCCUGCUCGACCGGGAGCACCAUGAUCGACGACCUGCUCGACGAGGGUCUGCACUUGAUGAGUGCGUGUCAGCUGGUUGGCUUCCAGCACGUGGUUGGCUCAUUGUGGGAGGUGUCGGACGAGCAUUGUGUCGGGGUGGCACGGAAAGUUGCCGAGGCUUUGGCCGUCGAUUCUGUGAUGAUGAACGAUGGGACCAUAUCCAUGGGAUUGCAGGAGGGGAUCAGGUCUCUCCGAGGCCAGCUGGAGGCUCGCGAUGGCGGCAGUAGAGCUGGUCGCUUGGUUGCUCCGCGGCGAUGGGUUGGAGGAGAUCCUAGAAUAUGGGCUGCUUACAUACAUAUGGGACCUUAA